CAAAUCGCCAGAAUUCAGCCUUUCCAAGGCAAUCGCAGCAAGGAACACUGACCAAGAGCAAGGGCUGGGGAGGUAGACAAACAAGAUGACUGAAUCUUCAUCAGAUACGACAAUGAAGAAGGUACCGGCACCCAAACUCAACUUGUCCUGCUUGGACGGUCUCCGAUGCAUUGCUUCCUUGUCCAUCAUUCUGCUGCAUGUUCAUCAUUUCCUGGGAGCCCUUUUCUUUCCUCAUGACGAACCUUGCAUGCAAGCUCUCAUCAACAUCCCACUCAUUGGAAAGUUAUUCUUCAACAACAGUUUUCAAAUGCCACUUUUUUGGAUACUCAGUGGAUUUCUCUGCGAGUAUCAACUCGAUCGACUCGUUGACAAGAAGCAGACACAACAAAUGACACGUCGCGACUAUGGCCGCUUCCUCUUGAAUCGAUGGCUCCGACUCUAUCCCAUCUAUUUCACAUUCAACGUGAUCAAUUACAUUGGCGCUAUUAACAAUACACGGGACAAGGGUGGUGGUAAAAUUUGUGAUUCCUUUCCCAAAUUGGUCGAGAGUCUCUUUUUCGUCAUGCGCCACGAACCACUCCCGGCCACGGCUUGUGCCGGUGCGGGAUGGUCCGUCAUGGUCGAUGUGCACGGAUAUCUCGUGUUGGUGUUACUACAUGCCUGUAUUUCUGAAACAUGGCGGCGUCGGCUCGUGUUGCCGGCAUUGUAUACUAUGGCAUUGGGGAGCAUGGCCUACAGUACCUGGACGUUGGUCCAAGAACGAGACUUGGUGUCAUGGAAGGACGUGCAAUCCAUGUUGGGAGGAGCCGUCUAUUCGUUGCAGUAUCAAAACAGUCAAGAUCUGUGUCUCACACAAACUUUGUCGGGAGUCAAGGAUAUUCGGGGUCUCUGGGCCGAUCGGGGAUACGAAUUUGACACCGAGUAUUGGAAUCAAAUGGUCUCGCUACGACACGACAUUCUCGACCAGAACUACUUUCAAUCCGUCCAUAAAAAUGGAUCCUCCAUGUUCCUGGGAAGUUGGCUCUACCUCCAUUUGAAACAUCGACGACAAAUCACGUCUACCGUGUCGUUCUAUAUGAUGCAAGCGACCAAACUGAUAGUCGCAUUCGCCUUACUCCAGUGGACCAGCUUUUGUUGGAUGUUCUCGGGAUUUCCAGUUUACUUGUUCGUCGACGUUGUAGUUUCCAUGUACAAUCACAAUCACAACAAUUUACUCUCCAAGGAAGCAUGGUGGAACCAACUAUCGUCGGCGGUUUCUUUUCUUUUUAUCAAUCCCUUGUGGAAAUGGUUGGCACCCUACACGUACGGGAUCUACAUGUCCCAUGUCUUGAUCCUCGUUCUGGGCAGUGUCCCCACAACGCAAUCUCGUGCGGCACGCAUGUUGGCAGGAGAAGACGUCAAUGACACGUACACUCUGAUCGCCCUCUUGGGCAUGGUGGCCAAGGCGGUACUCGUCUCGUGGAUGAUUGCAUUUGGCUUGUACCAUACCGUCGAAUGGCCCUUUCGAUAUUACCGAACGAGAUACACGUCCAGCGCCGCUAGUGCUUCGACCAAAACGGCGCAGCAACCAAUGAUGGCUCUGGGAGUAGCGAUCGAUGCCAAGAAGGUAAACUAACUGUAUCGUUCUAUCC